AUGCGCUUCUUUUCGGCUCUGGCUGCAGUGUCCAGCCUGCUGUCGGCCUCGUCCCUCACUGUUCUUGCGGUUCCGGAGCUCGCAGUCAACUCCGCACGCGCAUCGUCGUGCAACACGGCAUCGCUCCGAUCAUGCUGGACGGCUGGUUUCGAUAUCAACACGGACUAUAUGACCUCCACCCCGAUCACGGGUGUGACUCGGACAUAUGACCUCACAAUCACUCAAGAAACUGACUGGACCGGCCCUGAUGGCCAGGUCAAGUCACUUGUCAUGCUCAUCAACGGCCAAUUUCCCGGUCCCGUUAUUACUGCUGACUGGGGUGACACAAUCUCUGUGACUGUCACCAACAAGCUUGAUUCCAACGGUACGAGCAUGCACUGGCAUGGCAUCCGUCAGCUGAACAACAACUUGCAAGAUGGUGUCAACGGCGUGACUGAGUGCCCCAUCGCACCUGGUAGCUCCAGGACCUAUACAUUUCUGGCAGAGCAGUACGGCACCACCUGGUACCACUCGCACUUCUCUGCUCAGUAUGGCAAUGGCGUUUUUGGCACCUUGUACAUUAACGGACCUGCAUCGGCUAACUACGACAUCGAUCUGGGAACUUUCCCCGUCGGUGACUACUACUAUGACACGGCUGACAACUUGGUUGAAUACACCAAGAAUCAUGGCCCGCCGCCCAGCGACAAUCUACUGUUUAACGGAACGAACGUGCACCCAACCAAGUCGGGCCAAGGAAGCUACGCCAAGGUGACGCUGACCCAUGGCAAAAGCCAUCGGCUCCGUCUCGUCAACCCAUCGGUGGAGAACCAUUUUGCUCUCUCCCUGGCCAGCCACAACUUCACAAUCAUCUCGUCCGACCUGGUGCCUGUAGAGCCUACGACGGUCACACAGCUCUUCAUGGGCCCCGGCCAGCGCUACGACAUCAUCAUCACGGCUGACCAGGACGUGGACAACUACUGGUUCAACGCGACCUUUUCGGCUGAUGGUGGCUGCGGCAGUUCUAUAAACACGGCACCGGCGGCUAUCUUCCACUACUCAGGUGCCACGGGCAGCGUGCCGACUGACCCUGGCGCAUCCAUCUCCGUGCCGAACUGUGGCGAUAUCAGCGACCUCAAGCCCAAGGUCUCACGUACUAUUCCGGUGUCAGACUUCCAAGAAGCGGCGGCGAAUACGUUGCCCAUCAAUCUGGUCGUGGACUCGACAGGACCGGCACUCUUGACUUGGAAAGUGAACGGCACACAGAUCAAUAUCGACUGGAAUGUUCCUGUUGUCGACUAUGUCAUGAAGUUCAACACUAGCUACCCACAAAGCGAUAACAUCAUCCGCGUGCCGAAGGCCUCGAGCGCCGAAUGGGCUUUCUGGCUAAUCGAGAACGAUCCCACAUUUGCCUUGGCACACCCGAUUCACCUUCACGGACACGACUUUGUUGUGCUUGGUCGCUCUGACCCGAGCGAUGCCAGCCCGGCGGCCUUUGAUGCCUCUUCGGCGACCCUCAACGGGGACAACCCGAUGCGCCGUGACGUUGCUAUGCUGCCGGCGAAAGGCUGGCUGCUGAUUGCAUUCCGGAUCGACAACCCGGGUGUCUGGUUGAUGCACUGCCACAUUGCAUGGCACGUCUCGGGUGGCCUGGGUGUCACCUUCCUCGAGGACCCCGACACUUUUGGAUCGCAGGUGGCCUGCUCUGAUAAGAGGGCAUUCAAGCAGACAUGUGAUGCCUGGAACAACUACUACCCCUCAGGCGACCCGUUCAAGCAGGACGACUCGGGUCUGCGGAUAUAG